AUUUUAUGAAUAAUAUUUGCGCUGUUUCCUGUAUCAUUGAAACGUCCACCUUAGUUCCAGUCUGUCUGCCACCUCCAUCGAGUUGCACGUAUUUUGUGUCGUAUUAACUUUGUGUGUAAACAAAUGUUGUUAGAAUGUCAACGGAAAGUGUGACAACAUUGACCGAUCUCGGCAAUGAUACAUAUUCUACAACUGAAUCUGUUGCGUCCACGUCAGUAUGGUUCAACGAAAGCGAAAUUACUUCUAUUACACCCUUAGGGGCAAAAGUUUCGAUCACAGAAAGUGUUCGUAACACGAUUGACGUUAAGAAGUCAUUUCACAGUGAGUCUGGAGAUACUUGGUGCUUGUUCGGCGCCUUCAUUAUAAUUGAAAUUGUUAUGACAGCUUUGGAAUUAAUAAUAUCGAUUGUAGCAGCUCUAAAGAUACAGCGUUGGAGGAGGAAUUAUAGAAAUCAAAUGUUAAUGCAGCUAAGUAUCGUUCGAUUCUUAAAAAGAAUAGUACUCGUUAUAAUAUAUUUAAAAGAAAGUAAAAUAAUAUCAACUGGGAUUGAACUCGAAACAGCAAUAUUGAGCAGUCAAACAUACAUCGAUUUUGUUAUAGUUAUUUUGGUUUUUUUCUUCAUUAAACAUAUGUAUGAUAGUUUAAUUGUAGUGUUGGUAAAAAUAAGUCAAAAUAAUUUAUAUAAAGUAUUGAUUUGUUCUUGGUUGUUGCCCCUACCAAUAGCUAUUAUUUUUACAACAUUAGUUGUCACUAAUAUAUUAAAUCAAUGGCUUAUGUACUUACUAAUUUGUUGCAUAUUUAAAUGGCCUCUUAUGUUUAUGGGCACUGUACUUUAUUUAACGAUACUGCAUAAAGUUUUGAAAGAUAAAAUUAGACAAUUCGCCAGAAGUCUAACGAUUAUUACUUUUUUACUAUGUUUAGUUAUAAACUUUUAUUUAUUUUCUAAAGAUAUUAUAGAAUUGUGGUGCGGUGUUUCUUUUUCGACAUUGCUUAUAAGUUAUAUAUUAGGAUUUCUUUUGAAUUUUCUGAUUCUUUGUCUUUAUAUUAUAUUAAUUACACUCAAUUUUAAAUGUAAUUUAAAUUCAUCAGAAGUUCAAACCAAUCAUAGUGUAGGUAAUUAAUAAACAUAAGUACCUAAGUAUUUAUUUGAAAAAUUAUACCAUGUGAUAUUAAUUUUCUUACCGUAGUAAUAAAAAAUUUAGAAAGCUUUAAUUUAAAUAAAUAUAUUAGUAAUUAUAACGUUGUGUUUAUUUAUUGUUCAAUUUAAUUAAGUACCUUUUAAUUAGAUAUUUCACACAAGAAAACAGCACCGAGUCACUUAUAUAAUAUCUCAUUAGCUUCCAAUAAAAUUUCAUUUGUUAAAACUUCAAUAAAUUAGGGAAAUACCUACUUAC